AUGUUCGAAGCGAACAUAACACACCAACGCCGGCAAAACAAACGCGCCUUAAAGCGACUCGAGGCGCUUUAUUGUGACAAACGAAAAACGAAACGUGUGUUUUUCAUUGACGACACGGGCACACUGAUAAAGCGCAGACAUAAAUACAAAACACGUUUGCCUUUAAUCGUGACUGAACGGUGCUUUAUUGAAAUGGAAUGUGCUCUAAAUUUCAUCAGUCGUAAUCAAGCGGUCGCUCGCUGGAUGAAAACAUUACACUAUGCUAACAAUCAAUUAUUUAUGCUAAAUUGUUGUCUGAAUGUGUCUGUCUGUACUCAUUCGUGUACAAUUUCUAGAUUUACAUUCAUCGUUUCGAAGUUUGCGAAUAAUAUAUUUAAUUAUGUUAUUUUCAGUUCGCUUCAAGUUCAAAGGAUGAAAAAAAUCCAUCUCUGUAA